CUGAGCCAGACCAGUAAAUGUGAAUCUGAAGACUUGAAGUGCUACGCAGUCAACGUGAGACCCUUCAGGAUCCGCGCGGUGCCCACCGCUCCCUCUUAACAAAUAACUGCCACCAGUUUUCAGCGCGUUCUACCUGAAAACCCUGCAACGCGUUCAGCGGUAUUCCCGGAGAGAUGUUCGGGUGAUUUUUGAGUGUUAUCUGACCACGUUUUUUUUUUUUCGCAUCGUUUUAAAAGCGAAGAAUAUCGAGAGACCCACAACACGCAAGUCUGUUGAUCCGGAUGAACAAGUAAAAACUCGCAACAGAUUUUGCUCGCGGACAACUUCUCUGGAGCUGAGUGUUUCCCGCAGGUUUGAGGGCCCUUCAGGUGUGUCAAGUCCACUUGAGGGAGCCAGCAGAAGCUAUGGCUUACUCUCUCUCGCUCAGUCUGCUCUACCUGGGCUUGCUGUGUGGAAACGGACUGGUGUCCGCAAGAGGAUCCGAGCUGUUCACUGCAGAUCCAAGCAGAGGACCUUAUUUUACGGGCUGCCGCUCCAGAGAGCAGGAGACCUUCCGUUGUUGGUGGAGCGCUGGGACCUUCCAGAACCUCACAGAGCCUGGAGCCCUCAGGGUCUUCUACCAGACAAAAAAUGCCCUUUCUGAGUGGCAGGAGUGUCCAGACUACACGCGUACUGCGGAAAACGAGUGUUACUUCAACAAGUCCUACACAUACAUCUGGACCUCGUACUGCAUCCAGCUGCGCUCAGUUCCUCAGAACAUAACCUAUGAUGAGGCCUGCUUUACAGUGGAGAACAUAGUGCAUCCUGACCCACCAAUUGGGCUGAACUGGACUCUACUGAAUGGGAGUCGCUCAGGGCUGCACUUUGACAUCCUUGUGCGCUGGGCUCCCCCUCCAUCAGCAGAUGUGCAGAUGGGCUGGAUGAGCCUGGUGUACCAGCUUCAUUACCGGGUCAGGAAUGCCUCCCACUGGGAGAUGCUGGACCUGGAGAGUGGCACACAGCAGUCAAUCUACGGUUUGCAUACUGACAAAGAGUAUGAAAUCCGGGUGCGCUGCAAGAUGCCAGCCUUUGACAACUUUGGCGAAUUCAGUAACAGCAUCAUUGUGCAUGUGGCACGGAUACCAAGCAAAGAAUCAACGUUCCCGACGACAUUGGUGUUCAUUUUCGGAGUGAUCGGAGUGGUGAUUCUUCUUGUCCUCCUCAUCUUCUCUCAGCAGCAGAGGUUGAUGGUGAUAUUUUUACCACCUAUUCCUGCACCUAAUAUUAAAGGCAUUGACCCAGAGCUGCUGAAGAAUGGAAAGCUUGACCAGCUCAAUUCUUUGCUGAGCAGUCAGGAUAUGUACAAGCCGGACUUCUACCAUGAGGAUCCAUGGGUGGAGUUCAUCCAGCUGGACCUUGAUGACCCUGCAGAGAAGAAUGAGAGUUCUGAUACACAACAUCUGCUGGGCUUGUCCCGCUCAGGCUCUUCUCACUUCCUUCAUUUCAAAAGCGACAACGAUUCGGGUCGUGCUAGCUGCUACGACCCAGAAAUCCCAAAUCCCGAGGACUUGGCUUCCCUUCUGCCUGGCCAUUCUGGACGAGGAGAUAACCACCCUCUGGUUUCCAGAAGCAGCUCGUCCAUCCCUGAUCUUGGCGUCCAGCAGACAUCAGAAGUGGAGGAGACGCCCAUUCAAAUGCAACCCGCUGUGCCAAGCUGGGUAAACAUGGACUUUUAUGCCCAAGUAAGUGAUUUCACACCAGCAGGAGGAGUGGUGCUUUCACCUGGACAACUGAACAGCUCUCCGGAGAAAAAGAAGGAAGAAGAGAAUGAGAAGAAGAUACAAUUCCAGUUGCUUUCCGAUGGAGCCUACACCUCAGAGAACACAGCCAGGCUGCUUUCUGCCGACGUGCCACCCAGCCCUAGUCCUGAGCAGGGGUACCAAGCAUUCCCAAACCAAGCCGUUGAGUGGAACCCCUGGAAUGGUGAGUACCUGGUGUCCGCCAGUGAUUCCCAGACACCGUGCCUGGUUCCUGAAGCUCCUCCAGCCCCCAUACUGCCACCAGUAUCAGACUAUACUGUAGUGCAGGAAGUGGACGCCCAGCACAGCCUCUUCCUGAAUCCUCCUUCCUCACAGCCUGCGAUAUGCCCUCACAGCCCAAACAAACAUCUCCCUGCAAUGCCAACCAUGCCCAUAGGGUACCUCACCCCAGACCUUCUGGGAAACCUGAACCCAUGAAGUGACUAAAAAGCACAAAGUUCAUGGUCUUGUUGUACCUUCUCGCUGCUGGAAACCAAAGUUGCAUGAAUCACGUGACACGUGACGGGAAUUCUUCACACAAGAAUUUUCUCUGCUGUACGCGAUAAAAUAGAAGAAGCUGAAAACGUUUCUUUUCUGUCAGCUGUUGCAGUAGUGCUACGCUAGCUCACCAAGAGAUUUUAAAUGUGCUUUCAAUUUACAAUCAGAAACAGCUGGUUACAUGCAACAACAAAAAAAAUCACUACAGAUAUAUGCUCGAUGGCUGUGUCUGAGAACCAUUUUGAAAAUGUGUUUAUCUUAAUACAAAGAUGCAGAUCUAGAGCUACUGUGGCACUGGGAUGAAGAGUUGACAAAAUGAAUUCAAACAUAUCUUUAUACAAAAUUGUUUACACACAGGUGGAAGACGAAUCACUUUAUUCUGAUUACAUCAACCCAGAUUUGCUCAUAUAUGGUAUAUUAAAUAUAUUCCAUUGCAUCCUAUCAAGGUUCCUGAAUUAUUUAGUUUUGUGGACGAGUCAAUAUUUUUUCUCAAAUCUCCACACAGCCUUGAUCUUAAGGGAACCUGCUUCCCCAGAUUUAUGGGAGCCUUUCUGAGCACUGCAUCAUUUCUGCACAUUUUAUCUUCUGCCAUAGCCAGAUGGAUAAACUCAGCAAAUGAACUUUUUCAAUAUGCUAAAACACUUAAAAUGGGGUUGUGGCGCAGCUGUGUAUUUUAGCAUCACUAUAUAUGACUGUAAUAUUUGAGAUCAUUACUAGAAAAUGUUGAGACAAGUUUUUGUAAUGAUAUUAGCCCACUGAACAAGGUGUUACCUUGUUCAAAAAGGGAAAAAUGAACUUUUUAUUUGUAUUAAUGUAUCCAGGGGACAUGUCAAAAACAAAGUGCUUGUAGAGACUUUGCUGUGCAAUGCAGACUGUAUGGCAAGUUUUCUUAUAUGUUAUCUUUGUACAUGUAGCGGUUUUGUAUUGAUGAAGACACUAUAAAUGUAUACAUGCAUUUUCAAUGGGAGUAACACUACAGAAUAGCUGGGAAAGAUGUGCCAAUUUUUGGACUUGUUUAAUUAGACAAAGACUUGCCAUUAAAUAAGGCUACAAUUCUUGCCUGGACAAUUAAUUCAGUGAUGUCCUCUAGAAACAGCAUAUUCUUGUGCACCAUGGCCUCUACACGGGGACAAAAGCUGCUUUUAACUAGAGCUAUUUUAUGAAAUCAUGCAUUAUAAUAGAAGUAAUUAUUUUUAUUUACAACCAUAGACUGUUAAGAUUUGUCAAGCCACAUAUUGGAAACCCAGUUGGUGAAUUUCUCACAGAUGUAAUUCUAUGCUCUUGAUAAGUUUGUACAGAAAAAGUAUUGCUUGUUAAGGUGUAUACAGUAGAUGAGCUUAUAUUGAGCACUUUGUGAUUCUUAAAUGUUCUCUGUUUUUAGAGAAACACAGUGGAGGUAUAUGAUGGUGAAGAAGGAGCCUUUGGUUUACAGCUUAAUUGGUCCCGGGUUUGCCUAUGAUGCUUGAAUACUGGGUCCUAACUUGUUUUAGGUGUCUGUUGUAGUUACAGUGCCUUCCAAAAGUGUUUGAUUUUAUUCUGAUUUUGAGUUAAAUGUAUUUGUGCCCCAACCUUUUACAAGUAUACUAAAGCUAUUCAGACAGUCUCACAAACCAUUUCUUGCUCCAUUAAUUGCUCUUAAUUCCUUAAUAUUGCAAAUGCCAACAUUAGCUAAAGAAAUAGUUCAACCAAAAAUGACAAUUCUGUCUAUUUUAAACAUUCUUCGUGCACAUUUUAGUCUCAUCAUUUACAAAGACAGUGAACCACGAUUUU